AUGCGCAGCUUUGGGCACAAUACUAUGGACGCUGUACCGCGCAUAGACCACUAUAGGAACACUCUACCACCAGGAGUAAUUAAAAAAGGGAGACCUAGCCUGGCAGAACUUCAUGAUGAGGUGGACAAGGAAUCACUUAAUGGAUUUGUCAAUGGAGAGCAAGAAAGUAUUGCAGAAAAUGACCUGAUGUUACAAAUGUCAGAGUCCAGUGGAAUAGUUAAAUUUGGAUGGAUUAAGGGGGUCUUGGUGAGAUGUUUGCUGAACAUUUGGGGAGUUAUGCUUUUCAUGAGACUAUCCUGGAUUGUUGGACAAGCAGGAAUUGGACUUACAGUUGUGAUUAUCCUCACGGCCACGUUAGUGACAUUUAUAACUGGUUUAUCCACAUCAGCGAUUGCUACUAAUGGCUUUGUGCGAGGAGGUGGUGCUUAUUACCUGAUAUCCCGAAGUCUUGGCCCAGAGUUUGGAGGUUCUAUUGGUCUGAUUUUUGCAUUUGCCAAUGCAGUAGCUGUUGCAAUGUAUGUUGUGGGAUUUGCAGAAACUGUAACAGACCUUUCUGUAGAGCACGGUAUCAUGGUUGCGGAGAGAACCAAUGACAUACGCAUUAUUGGAUCAAUUACUGUGCUUCUGCUCCUGGGAAUCUCUGUUGCAGGAAUGGAGUGGGAAGCUAAGGCACAAGUAACUCUGCUUGGGAUCCUGCUUAUUGCGGUGGGGAACUUUUUCAUUGGAACCUUCAUUAAAGCUGAUGAUGAUAAGAAAUCCAAAGGGUUUUUUAACUACCAAGCUGCCAUCUUUGUUGAGAACUUUGGGCCUGAUUUUCGUGAUGAAACCUUCUUCUCCGUCUUUUCAAUCUUCUUUCCUGCAGCCACAGGAAUCUUGGCUGGAGCAAAUAUAUCUGGGGAUCUGGAAGACCCACAAAGCGCUAUACCAAAAGGCACAAUGUUGGCUAUAUUCAUAUCAACAGCUACCUAUUUGGCGGUAGCCGUAGCUUCAGCCACAUGUAUUGUCAGAGAUGCUACAGGCAACAUAACGGAUGCCUUCUCCAAUAAUACCAGUGAAUGCCUGUCUGCUGCCUGUAUGCUUGGCUACAAUUUCACGGCUUGUGAAGAUUCUUCAUGUAAAUAUGGAUUGCUGAAUAACUUCCAGGUAAUGGCCAUGUUUUCUGGGUUUGCACCAUUAAUUACAGCAGGGAUCUUUGCUGCAACUCUCUCAUCUGCCCUGGCAUCUCUUAUUAGCGCUCCUAAAGUUUUCCAGGCUCUAUGUAAAGACAACAUUUACACUGGGCUGCAGUUCUUCGCAGAGGGUUAUGGCCAGAGGAAGGAGCCAGUCAGAGGUUAUAUCCUUACCUUCUUCAUUGCUCUUGGCUUUAUUCUCAUUGCUGAGCUGAACACCAUUGCUCCAAUCAUCUCUAACUUCUUCCUGGCCUCCUAUGCCCUCAUCAACUUCUCUUGUUUCCACGCUUCCUUGGCAAGGUCCCCAGGUUGGAGACCAUCAUUUACGUAUUACAACAUGUGGAUAUCUCUUAUUGGAGCUGUGUUGUGCUGUGGAGUCAUGUUUAUGAUCAACUGGAAGGCAGCACUCCUAACCUGUGUCAUCAUUCUUAGUCUGUAUAUAUAUGUCACUUACAAGAAGCCAGAUGUCAACUGGGGUUCAUCCACACAGGCUCUCACUUACCUUAAUGCUCUGCAGCAUUCCAUUAGGUUGUAUGGUGUAGAAGACCAUGUCAAGAACUUCAGACCACAGUGCCUUGUGUUGACAGGCUCUCCAGUUUCACGACCAGCAUUGGUGAACCUUGUCCACUCCUUUACCAAAAAUGUGGGACUGAUGAUCUGUGGACAUGUCCAUGUUGGAUCUCCUAGACAUUGUAUAAAAGAGAUGACAUUAAACCAGUCCAAAUACCAGAGAUGGCUAAUACAGCAUAAGAAGAAAUCUUUUUACACUGCAGUGUGUGCCGAGCAGUUUCGGCAGGGGGUUCUCUACCUUCUUCAGGCAGCCGGCCUAGGCCGUAUGAAACCCAACACACUGGUCCUCGGUUUCCAGGCCCGAUGGAAAGAAUCAGACCACACAUCUGUUGAUGAGUAUGUCAAUAUAAUACAUGACGCUUUUGAUUUCCAGUAUGGUAUAGUUAUUGUGAGACUGAAAGAAGGCCUGGAUAUCACCCAGAGUGCAGUGCAUGAUGAAGCUGGAAUUAGCAAACUUGGAGUGAAAGCAGAUAACCGUAGUAAAGAUUUAAUGAUGGAAACCCAAGAGGAAGACCCUGAACUUUCGACAAGUCUGCAUAAUACUGAUGUAAAGGAGAUUUCAGACCCGAUUAACUCAUCUGGACAAAAGAUCUCAGUGGAAAUCACCUGUCCAUUUCAGAAGAAGCAAGGGAAGGGAACGAUUGAUGUUUGGUGGAUGUUUGAUGAUGGAGGUCUAACACUUCUUAUUCCGUAUUUAAUUACCACCAAGAGGCAGUGGAAGGACUGCAAGAUCCGAGUGUUCACUGGUGGUAAAAUCAACACUAUCGAUGAUAACAAACGCAUGAUGGCAACCUUACUAAGCAAAUUCCGUAUUGAUUAUUCUGAUAUCAUAAUUAUCGGAGAUAUAAACAAGAAGCCCAGAGAAGAGAGCAUAAAAUACUUUUAUGAUCUUGUGGAUCCAUAUCGGCUGUAUGAAGGUGACUUUGACAAGGAGUCAGCUGAUGAAAUGAGGAGAAGAGAGCCUUGGAAGAUUAGUGAUGACGAACUGGAGAUGUUGAAAGAAAAGACACAGCGCCAGAUCCGGCUGAACGAAUUGCUGCAUGAACAUUCCAGCUCAGCAAACCUAAUAGUAAUGACAAUGCCAGUUGCCAGGAAGGGAGCGGUAUCCAAUGCAUUAUAUAUGGCAUGGCUUGAUAUCCUUUCCAACGAUCUUCCUCCUGUUUUGUUAAUUCGAGGGAACCACCGGAAUGUCUUAACUUUUUACUCAUGAACAAUACAGAAGAAUAACAGAAGAAUGAUUCAAUUCUGUACCACCAGGUGGCCUAUUUCAGGUCACUCUUUCUUUACAGGUGAUACCUUUCUUUGCACUGUGCAUUUUUUAUCUGGUACAAUUAUGGACAUUAUUAAAAUGGUUGACUUUGAAUUGGCCAUGUUGGUCUUUCAGGCAGCCAUUCUGUCUUUCCAGCCAAAUAAAUACUGUUCAUCAUGACACCAUUACGAGUCCCAGUAGUGGCUUCCCAUAAGAUGACUAAUAACUGCUCAACCAAAUAUGUAUGACACUACACCCAAAGACCUAAUUUCUUCAUCAUAUGGUCUUGCUAUAAACUGCUCUCUCAUGCAAACUAGGUGACAUAGGCCUUGACUCUACUGCAGCAUUAGCCUUCAGGAUGUAGUAGCCGUUCUGUAAAACAUUUAUGUUCUCCUUGAGUCAUCAAGAGGAUAAGCCAUACCACUACUAACCAAAUAAAAUAUGUGUUUAGCCAUUCUAUGUCAUAUAAAACUUGUCUCCCACUUCACCGAGUAACACUCUCAUCCUGCUCUCCUCUUCCUUUGAUAACAGAAAUAAUUCACUACAGUUCCAAGUAAAAAUAAAAUAUAAAUAAAAUGAAACAUUUAAUAUACCUGUUUGUACGUUAUACUAUCUCAAUUUAUUGUGUCUAUUUUUGUCCAUGAGCUACCAACAUUUUCAGCAGUGCUUUAAUAAAU